CGUAUGCACCCAUCGAAUACCAAUACUAAUAUCUUCCAUCACUUAAUAAAUCGAAAGAAAAAAAGAGCUUCUUCUUCUUCUUCUCUGCAUCAUCACAAUGGCUGAAGUACGUUCACAACAACCCCAGCAUGUUCAAGUCCACGCAAGCACAACACACACACCACAACAAUACCGUUAUUACCAAGGUGGCGCCAAAACACAACACCAUGGCGGCGAAGGUGGCGGCGUUAUGAGCCUCUUCCCGGAGAUAUCCCUCACGGGCUCCCAACUCCUCGCCCUCCUCGCCGGCGUCCCCCUCGGCGGCAUGUUGCUACUCCUCUCCGGGGUCUCGCUCAUCGCCAGCCUUGUGGGGCUGGCGGUGGCGACGCCGCUCUUCAUUUUCUUCAGCCCGGUGCUGGUGCCCGCCGCCUUCGUCAUAGGGAUGGCGGUGACCGCGGUGCUGGCGGCGGGCGCGUGCGGGCUGGUGGGGCUGGUGUCGUUCUCGUGGCUGGUGAACUGUCUCCGGCAGAUGCCACGGGGGACGACGACGAAGACGACGAUGAUGCGGCCGGAGCAGGCAAAGCGGCACGUGGCGGACAUGGAAGAGUACGUGGGGAAGAAGACGAAGGAUGUUGGGCAAGACAUUCAGACAAGGGCACAUGCACAGGGAACAACCGGGAUGGUAUAGUGCAUUCAGUUAUCAUCAGACAAGAAAAUGGUUUCAGUUUGUGUUUAUGUCUAUGACUUGUGAGAUAAACGUACUAGUAUCUAUGUGUUUUGAAUUAUGGAGAGUUUCAUUUUGUGUUCCAUGCACGGUUUUAAAAUUGCAUGCGGUUAGCUAAAACAAAUCUUUGUGAUUGCUAAAAUGUGACUGAUGCAAUCAUGGGAUUGCCAUUGCGGUUGCAGAUCUCAGUUUAAAACCAUGUUUUCAUGUUGUGUCAUCACUUCCUCUGGAUCUGCUCAUUUACAUGAGUUGUUGAAUAUUCCAUCAUGUGUAAUCAGUAAUAAUAUUAAUAAUGCAUGCAUUUUUCUUUCGGUUUAA